GUAGGUUGGGAGACAUUUCUAUUAUGUAAUACUUUUGUUUAUCGCUGUCUAUGUGAAUCCAGCUCUAUCAGGAUGCAGUUCUGGAUUUUAUAUUGUGAAGAUCUGUUUUUGGGUCGGCGUUGACGAUGGCACAGACGGGGCCGCCGCCUAUGAAGGCUGGGAGACUCUAUGUCAACCCCGAGGAGGAGGAUCAGAUGGAAAUCUCCGGGUUUAGGCCCCAAACACUGAAAACAGCUGUCGUGUGGUUCUUCAUCAUCAUCACGGUCGGGCUGCUGCGACUCUUCUUCUACUGGCUGCCACAUCUGUUUAUAAAGGCCACCCACUCCAGAUGCUCACUGGCCGAGGCUACAACAGUGUUACUGAAGGACCAGUGGAAGCAAUGGUUCAACUCCACAGUGAAAACCCAAGAGCAGACUGUGCCAUUCAAGAACUCACAGACCGUGCACCAAUCACAAACCUCCAACGAAUCUGCCAAGCAGAGAGAUGGUCUGAUACGGUACUUUAUUUGUAAGAAAAUCAAGUACAUAUGGGACAAAGAAAUGAAAGAAUUUACCCGACUGAGGGGGUUUGACAAGGACAGGGCUUGUUCGUUCUUCUAUCAUCAAACAGGCCUGGCGUAUGAUGAGCAAAAAAAGAGACAAGUUCUAUAUGGGAUCAACUCUAUUCGAGUCCACGUGGCACCGAUUAUCAAGAUCUUGUUCAAAGAGGUGUUGUCCCCCUUCUACGUGUUCCAAGUGUUCAGUGUCUCUGUGUGGUUCGCUGACGAUUACACCAUCUACGCUAGCUGCAUUGUCUUCAUCUCCAGCCUCUCUAUCAUCAUCACCAUCUACCAGACGAGGAAGAUGCAGAGGGCGCUCCGCAGUACCAUCACUUCCUCCACCAUCGUCACCGUGUGUCGUGGCGGGGACGUGUACGAUGACAUAUCAUCAGAUGACCUCGUGCCCGGUGACGUCAUAGAGGUGCCCCGGCACGGCUGCAUGAUGCAGUGUGACGCCGUCCUCGUCAGCGGCAACUGCAUCGUCAAUGAGAGCAUGCUGACAGGCGAGAGUGUGCCCGUGACCAAGACGCCCCUCCCCAACCCCCUGCACGCCUCAAGCCAGGAAGCCAUGUUUGACAUCAAGAAGCACUCCCGACAUAUCCUCUUCUGUGGUACUCACGUCAUCCAGACUCGCUACUACGGCAGCCAUAAAGUCAACGCCGUCGUCCUCAGAAGCGGCUUCCUAACAGCGAAGGGCGAGUUGGUUCGCUCUAUCAUGUUCCCAAAGCCAGUGGACUUCAAGUUCAACAGAGACACCUAUUGGUUCAUCGGUAUCCUUGCCUUCCUCGCAUCACUUGGCGUCAUAUAUACAGUAAUAUUGAUGGUGAGGAACGGCGACACCGUGAGCAACAUCAUCAAAAUGACGCUAGUUCUCGUGACGAUAACGGUUCCCCCAGCCCUUCCUGCAGCCCUCGGCGUUGGCAUCGUAUUCGCCCAGCAGCGGCUGAAGAAGGCCGGCAUCUUCUGCAUCAGCCCUCGUGGCAUCAACAUCUGCGGCACCGUCAACGUUGUCUGCUUCGACAAGACUGGGACCUUGACGGAGGGCGGGAUGAAAAUGAUGGCCGUGGCACCUUCCCCUAAAGGAGUGUUCGAAGACGAAAUCCGUAAUAUGAACAAGUUACACAAUCAGCUGAUCAUCAGUGCCAUGGCAACAUGCCACUCCCUCACCAUUAUAGACGGUCACGUGACUGGGGACCCCCUGGAUCUCAUCAUGUUUGAGGCUGUUGAUUGGGUGUUGGAGGAGCCGGGUGAGGAGGAGACAAGGGUCGACAUGAUGGCGCCGACUAUUGUACAUCCUCGCGUAAGGGGAGGUAAUCAGCCAAUGGGAGAGGACAUCGGUGUGGUGAGACAGUUCACCUUCUCCUCCAGCCUGCAGAGAAUGUCGGUCAUCACACGCAACCUGGGUGCCAACAAUUUUGACCUGUUUGUGAAGGGAGCACCCGAGAUGAUCACAAGUCUAUCCAAGGCUGAAACGGUACCAGCGAACUUCCAUGAUGUACUGAUGGCGUACACACAGCAUGGCUACCGGGUCAUCGCUCUGGCCUGGAAGGCCCUGCCACAGAAACUCAACUAUGCCAAACUCCAGAGAAUAACACGGGAGCAGGUGGAGAAGGAUCUCAACUUCCUGGGGCUGCUGGUGAUGGAGAACUGCCUGAAGCCAGAGACCACCCCUGUCAUCCAGACGCUCCGGGAGGCUGCUAUCAGAAACAUCAUGGUCACAGGUAGGUGCAGCCAGAUGAACCCUGUCAUCCAGACGCUCCGGGAGGCGGCCAUCAGAAACAUCAUGGUCACAGGUGACAACAUGUUGACCGCCCUGAGUGUGGCCCGGGAGUGUUGUAUGGUGGACCGCACAGACCGUAUCGUCCUUGUCCAAGCCUACCCGCCGCAGGACGACAACACUAGUCCAGAAAUUGAGUUUGUUUUCGCUGAUGAGACGGAAAAGAAAUACAGCAAGGAUUCCAUAGCCCUGCAGCUGGACAACGACAGGUUCCACUUCGCUUUGACGGGGAAGUCCUGGGCUGUCAUCAGACAGCAUUUCCCCGACCUCAUGUCCAAGAUCGUUGUCAAGGGAACGGUCUUUGCACGCAUGGGCCCAGAACAAAAGGCGCAGUUGGUGGAGAGCUUGCAGGCAUUAGAUUACUUUGUGGGAAUGUGCGGUGACGGGGCGAACGACUGUGGAGCACUGAAAACAGCCCAUGCCGGCAUCUCUCUGUCGGAGGCUGAGGCUUCCGUGGCCUCCCCUUUCACAUCCAAGAAGCCCACCAUUGAGUGUGUCCCAAAUGUCAUCAGGCAGGGCCGAGCCGCACUGGUGACGUCCUUCGGGAUCUUCAAGUUCAUGGCGUGUUACAGUCUGACACAGUUCAUCUCUGUCCUUCUUCUUUACUGGAUCGGAGCGAAUCUCACAGACCCCGAGUUCCUCUUCAUCGACUUGUUCAUCGUCACAACCCUCAGUAUCACAUUCGGUCGCACUGGUCCUUGUGAAGAACUGGUGAAGGAGCUCCCGCCAUUCAGUCUGAUAGCUGCUGCACCCAUCAUGUCCAUACUGGCACAGAUGGCGAUACAACUCGCCACACAGGUGUACUGCUUCCUCCAUGUUCUGAGACAACCCUGGUUUGUACCCUACAUAGACAACGAGGACGACUACUAUGCGAGCUAUGAGAACUCUGCUGUCUUUCUGAUUUCCUCGUAUCAAUAUAUCACUCUAGCCAUCGCCUUUUCCAAGGGAGCACCAUUUAGGAAGCCUAUGUUUUCAAACAACUUGUUCCUCAUGAACCUCGCCAUCUGUCUUGUCGGCUGCUUGUGGGUGACGAUCCAGCCCCCACAGGGGCUAGCGGACAUCAUUGAGUUGCUGGUGUUCCCAUCCAUACCCUACGCCAUGGUGCACGUCGGCAUUGCCCUCUUCAACUGCCUGCUUUCUAUCCUGGUUGAGACCUACGCGGUGGACAACACUUCUCUCUGGGAAAGCUGUCAAAAUUUCUUCAAAAACUAUCUCCCUUCCGCGCAGACCAAAUACGCUGCCAUUGAAGAAGACAUAGCAGGAAAUCCCUCAUGGCCGCCAGUCAGUCAGUCAGCCGUCAGUCUAGCAGAGGUCUUCCAGAGAUUGGACAGUGCUCACCACGUCCCGAAAGAUCUCAACACUGCUCCCGGGAAAGAGAUUCUAGAGGAUCUCAUCGAAGACUCGGACGCAGAGACGCGGAGUAUCAAAUAUCUCGGCCAAGUGACGCCCGACUCCGAGCGUAUGAAAUCGCUCAGCGGGGAGACCCCGGAUCAUACCAAGAAUUCAACAGCUGGUUACACCCAGCGACAGUUAUCGACAGAGGGUGGGCAUCACAACAUGGAGCAGUUUGAAACUCCGCUUCUGUCUGAUGGCGCUGCAAAUUCCAGUGGUGGGAUAGAUAAUCAGGUGGUGACAAGUUUUGAUGACAACGGCAGGUACACCACAUCCUUGUGACCCGUCGUGACCUUGACCCCUGACAUUUGCUCACAUGGACCAUAAUCCUCAAAGUCAAACUUUUUUGCAGAAACACAGAUCUAUAACAAGACGUCACUGACAUUAUUAUCUCAUUGAACAUUACUCAGAGCAUAAACGUUGUAGUCAAGUUGUAUGAAUUACGGACGUAUAUACUAGAAGAUGAACUUCACAUGGUAUUUCAGUGUCCCAAGUAAGCAGAUUAGUAGAUGAUUUUAUAAAUAGCCUUAAACAUUUCGAAAUUGUGUAUCCUUAAUAUAUAUAAUAACUUAAAUAUGUUUCGUACAUAAAAACAAACCAGGGUUAUUCUAGAUAUCUGAACAGUAUAUAUAAAAUAGAAUAAUCAACCAACACUCACCUUUGUAGCUGAUAAUGGUUAUAAAUUAAUAUGCAACAUCAGGAACUGUGAUAUUUUUUUAUUCUGUUAAACUCCAUGUGACAUCAUCUCCCUGUCCCCGACCUUGGUACA